GGUCCUGUAGCCUCAGCUGACCUAGAACUGGCUAUGUAAACCAGGCUGGCUUCACUCUCACAGGGACCAGCCUGCUUCUACCUCCCCAGUGUUGGGAUUAAAGAUGAUGCUGUAUCUUCUUCCCUCCUGAGAGCCUGAGGACAAAGCCUCUUUGCCCACCAUGAGUGUCACCCCAGAGAUCAAGAGUCAUGGGAUGAAGUUUGCUGAAGAGCAGCUGCUAAAGCAUGGAUGGACUCGGGGGAAGGGCCUGGGCCUGAAGGAGAAUGGUAUUACCCAGGCCCUCAAGGUGACACUGAAGCAAGAUACUCAUGGGGUGGGACAUGACCCUGCCAAGGAAUUUACAAACCACUGGUGGAGUGAACUCUUCAACAAGACUGCAGCCAACUUGAUAGUAGACACAGGGGAGGAUGGUGUACAAAUACGACACCUUUCUAAGGAGACCAAGAGGCAAAACCGCUCCAAACCCAAUUUGCUGUAUCAAAAGUUUGUGAAGAUGGCCACACUAACCUCAGGGGAAGAGAAGCCAGACAGAGACUUGGAGAGCUACAGUGAUGAGGACACCCAGGGACCCGUACCUCCAAAGAUUCUGACUGAUGAGAUGCUACUUGAAGCUUGUGAGGGGCGAACAGCACACAAGGCUGCCCGGACUGGAAUCACAAUGAAGGCUAAGCUUGCUCGCCUAGAGGCCCAAGAGCAGGCCUUCCUGGCUCAUCUCAAAGGCCAGGACCUAGAAACUUCUCAAUUACAGAAUGAGAGCAAACCUACCCAAAAAAAGAAAAAGAAAAGGAAGCAAAAAGAAGCAGAAGCAGCAGCAGCUACAGCAAUGGAAGAGAAUAUAGGUGAGGAGCAUCUAGAAUACACUGACCAGAACUUCAAGAAAAGCAGGAAGAAAAGGCAACAGCUAGAAGAGAGAGAGGGAACAGCUAUAGGGAGUGGGGAGGAAGAGGCUGCUGGAGUGAACGGGCCUGGGGAAGUGAAGAACAGAGAACAAUCUGAUCAGUCCCUGAGGAGAAGGAAGAAAAAGAAGAGGCAGCACUGUGAAGAGGAAGGAGAGGAGAUAGAUACCUGUGAGAAAGGAAAAGGCAGCAGGAUGACAGGCAGGUCAGAGGUGGACAGCAGAGCAGGCACAGAGCCGCACAGCAGAAGCAAGAAGCGACAACAGCAAAGGGAAGCCUUGAACAUACAGGACGAAGAAAGGACAGAUGACCUAACUAAAGCAGAGAGAACAGGCAGGGGAAGAAAGAAGAAAAGACAUGUUCUCAAUUAUGUAAGUGAUAAAUGUGAUGAUGGCAGAACCUGGGAAGGAGAGCAUGAAGAUAAGAGAGGUCAGUCACAUCCAAAAGAGAGAGCCAGUGUCAUCACUGACCAAAGAGCCAAAAAGAAGAAACAGAAGAGAGAUUGAAGGUCUAGUCAGGGCUGUCAGUCUUUUUCAGUGAUAGCCUGGGUCAGGGCAGAACUUCUACAUACCCCUCAGCAUGAGUCUCUUCCAAGGAGAAAGCAACUCUGUAACACUAAUCUGCUCAGGAGAGCCAAGGCACUGUGUCUUAGCUGAGGGAGAGUUCAAGGUCCCUGUAUAACUUCCUAUCCAAAGAGUAUGAACCCUGUUGCCUCCAGGAGCCCAGCAAAGUGAAAAGGUGUGCUGAAAAUGUGGAAAAACGCAUGCAGAUAGUGUAGUCUGCAUUUGAAGGCAUGUCACUGCUAAAAGAAACUGAAAAUACAAACUUAUGUGAAA